GGGAACAUUUUAUCAGCACUUCCGUCACAUACCGCGGACAAAACUUUCAUCUUUCGGUCUCAGAAAAGCUGCUUUUCUCGUCAGCGUGACAUAAAUUCAUUUCUCUUCAAUAAAUAUACUGAAGAGAAUAUUCUGUUAGUAAUGGUAAGUCGAGCAUUUAUUACAGUUGGCAUAGGAGCAGCCGUGGCUGGCUCGGCUUAUUUGGCCUAUAAAUUUCUCUGUCAAGAUGAAGGUGAAACAAUCGGCAAUGAUAAAGAAGAAUCUCGUAGUAAGAGAAUACUUGUGCUAGGUUUAGACAAUUCGGGAAAAUCAACUAUAAUACAUGGAUUAAGCGCAAAGAAAAAGGGUGAAACGUUUGUUAGUAAACCAACGGAAGGUUUUAAUAUCGUUUGUAUCGAAGAUUCUAUGAAUUUUUGGGAAGUUGGUGGCUCCCCUAAAUAUCGAACUUAUUGGCCAAAAUUUCUCGAUAAUGCCCACGAUUUGGCCCUGUUAAUCUAUGUAAUAGAUAGUGCAGAUUCUUCUAGAAUGUCAGAAUCAAGUGACGCCCUGCAAAUGGUUCUGGCGCAUGAAAAUAUGAAAAACGUCCCAUUAUUACUUUGUGCCAAUAAACAGGAUUUACAACAUUCGAAGCCAUUUGAUUACAUAAUUAAAGAAUUUGGUCUGCUAAAUGAAGACAGAAAAGUGACGGGGGUUGAUACAGCAGUACCAAGAGAUUCGGACAAACAAGUCGGUAUCGAUGAUUUAAAGGAAAGAAUAAAUUGUUUCUUGUAA